AUGGCUUCCCCAGCAAAUAGUGGCAUCCUUUCGGAACUGAUGAUGGAAGACGAUAUGGAGCUUAUCCCGUCGGGGGAUUUGUCGUUGCAAUAUCCGCGACAUAAAAAGCUGGAACAAUGCAGGAUGGAACUUGACUACAAUUUGGAGACUUGGAAAGAUGCUUACUUGGAGCUUGAAAGGUACCUAACGGACCAUAUUGACAAGUAUCAAGCUUUUUGUUCCAUGUUGCAGGAAACACAAUCGGAGAUUAUCUCGGAGGCCUAUUCAAUGCCAACGGCUGAACGUGUCCUUGGAGAGCCCGACGAGUACACAAUUCCAACUGGCGAUCGGUUCGUCUUCAUCAAACCACACAUAACUAUUUCUUGCAUGCCGAAACUCAAAGACGACUCGGAAUCGACGCAGAAUAGUCCCACUCCUGCUAAAUGCAGUCUUUAUGUUGAUUGUAGCACUCAGACACAUGACGAAUUUAUAACGUGGGAAAGGGAAUCUGCUGGAAUUCAAUCAAAUCAAGUAGCCGUUCGUCCGCAAAAGUCUCAUCUCAACGAUCGUCAGAGAGACGAAAAUGAGGAAGACAGCAAGCGGGUUCGGUCUACGCAGCCGCCACUCGCGACAGCUUCUCAAAAAAAGUCAAAAGCCAAGCUGUCUUCUCAGCUCUCUAACUCCAGCGAAAAAUUAGUCAGGGGAUAUCUUGUGUCUCAGGCGACUGAAGAGGCCUGGUCUCUUGAUCUAAAACUCGCAAGCCGAGGUCCUAUUAAAAGAGAUCGAAUCUGGAAAUCAAAUUUCUGGGUGUUUCCGUAUGACUUAGAGAAACGAAUUGCUCUCUACGUCUUAAAGUGCCCAAAGGAAUCUUGUGGUAAAGUCUUUUCCAAACAUCCGUUGGAAUCUCGCAGAGCUGCAAGGCAUUUAAGGAAUUGCGGUUUCAAGUUCGAAGACCAAUAUGACAUGGUCAGGCGAUACGCUUUCCAAGUGGUCAAAGGCAGGGAGAGGAAUCUUGUUACUGUGAAUUGGGCUUUGUGCAAUAAUGCCAAACUUUGUACAGAACCAAAGAGGAAGGAGUAUCGGAAAAAAAAGCAACUGGAAUAG